AGUUGAGAAACGAAACUUCAGGAAAUCGGUUGGCAGGUGAAACUUGCUCGAAGCGCGUGCGCGUAGAUAACUCGUAUAUUGUUUAUAUAUCAUUUGCAAUAACGAUUCCGUUUAUAUCCUUGAUUGCACGGAGAAUGUCCCCAAUGCAAUCAGUUGCCAGCUGUCACAGUUUAAUUUAAAAAAAAUUCAUAUUAAAAAAGUGUUGCAAAUGAAGUUUUUUGUUAAGCAGCUAUAAAACGACGUAAUCGUUACGCUUAGGUGCAAGCAACUGUUGCAUUGCCAAUUUUAUCCGAGUGAGUGUGGUGCGUGCUUGUGAGUGUAUAGGGAGACAUUCUCUCUCUCUCUCUCUUUCUCUCUCGAUCUCUGGCUGUUGCUCUCAGUGACUCUGUCAGAUGGGAACGAAUUGCGCGUAUGGGUUUGGGCCAUGGCCAACGGCGCUGCUGUUGCACUGCCUUGCGGCAUUGUUGGUUUGCGGCAGCGCCGGCGCCUUCACAAUACUCUCGCCCUUCAGCUACAGCUCGCUGAGCUUCAAGAAUCUGCUCAACAGCGUCCUGCUCUCGAGCAAUGCCAAUCUGGCUGGUGGCGGUCGCAACCUGAAGUCCGAUGUGCUCGAAGAUGCCUCGCUGAUAACUCCGAAAUUAAUACGCAAAUACGGGUAUCCAUCGGAGACGCACACCGUGGUUACCAAGGAUGGAUACAUACUGGAAAUGCAUCGCAUACCAAAGAAAGGAGCUCAGCCAGUGCUGCUAAUGCACGGCAUACUGGAUACCUCAGCUACAUGGGUGCUAAUGGGUCCAAAGUCGGGAUUGGGUUAUAUGCUUUCCGAUCUGGGCUAUGAUGUGUGGAUGGGUAAUUCGCGUGGAAAUCGCUAUUCAAAAAAUCACACGAGCCUCAACAGCGACUAUCAGGAGUUCUGGGACUUUACGUUCCACGAGAUGGGCAAAUAUGAUUUACCCGCGAAUAUUGACUAUAUACUGAGCAAAACGGGCUACGAGCAGCUGCAUUAUAUUGGCCACUCCCAGGGCACCGCCAUCUUUUGGGUGUUGUGCUCCGAGCAGCCGGCCUAUUCGCAGAAAAUCACAUCAAUGCACGCAUUAGCGCCCAUUGCCUACAUUCACGAUAUGAAAAGUCCGCUGUUUCGAACACUCGUUUUAUUCCUGGAUUUCCUAACGGCUGCAACGCGAAUGCUGCGCAUCACGGAAUUCAUGCCCAACACAAAAUUCCUUGUGGACCACAGUCAGGUUGUAUGCCACGACAAUGCCAUGACGCAGGAUGUCUGCUCGAAUAUCCUGUUUCUGGUCGCAGGCUACAAUUCCGAACAGCUGAACAAGACAAUGCUACCUGUAAUGCUUAGCCAUACUCCGUCUGGUGCCUCGAUCAAGCAAUUGGAGCACUUUGGUCAACUGAUGAAGUCGGGACACUUCCGUAAAUUCGAUCGAGGAUAUUUGAGGAAUCAACUGGAAUACAAUCGCAUGACGCCGCCGGAUUACGAUCUAUCACGUGUGAAGGUGCCGGUGGCAUUGUAUUACUCCGUGAAUGAUCUGCUCGUGUCGACGACGGGUGUGGAUCGGCUGGCGAGGGAGCUGCCUAAUGUGAUAGAUAAGUAUCUGGUGCCGAUGGAGCGCUUCAAUCACUUAGACUUUCUGUGGGCCAUCGAUGUGAAGCCGCUGGUCUACAAUCGUCUGGUACGGAAUAUACGACGCGUUGAGAACCACAGGGCCAAGUUGACAGCCAAUUUGGCCAGUUUCCUGGCCAUGCAGCUGCAGCGCCAGCAGUUCCAGAAUCAAAUACAAAUGCAGACAACGCUCCAAUCAGCUCUGCCGCCCAAUGUUCACUUGCCUCAUAUGCUGGACGAGGAGUUACCUAUACCAGCUGCCACAACAACACCAACAACAAUGCCAGCGACAAUAACAACAACAGCGUCGAUAGAAGAAACGGCAACAACGAUGGAAGAUGUUGUUGAUACCGCAACAACCACAUCAGCAUUGGACGUAGCGUGACUUAUCUGACACCCAGCAGCGAUGUGCAGCGGGCAAGGUUCUCUCUUGUGUAAUUUCAUUUGACUGUGAUGACAUUUUAACAAAAUAUAUGCUCUGAUCCCAGCGUCUGGCUGCAGAUGCAACAACACCAACUCAGGCACGCCCAGCAUCCAUACAAUACACACAAUAUUAUCAUUAUAUUCUUGACUCAGUGCACACACAAAACCCCUCCUCAUCCAAUAAGCCAGCCAAAUCAACAACAAACAUCUAUUUACUAAGUAUUCCCCUCUCCAUGUUACCCACAUUUCAAAUGUUUUAUGUUAUUUAUGUAUGUGUACAAAUUUAUGUAACUCUUAAUAAUAAAGAU